CUUUGUACCACAGACAGAUAGGGAGAGGGAGAGAAAGCAGAGAGUGGCAGGGGAGAGAGACCGAGCCGAAGUGAGUGAAGAGCAGAAAGUUUGUGUACAAAGACUCCCCCCCUCUAAUAAUGUUUCACCUGAUAGCUUUGGUGAUAAAGGAAUGAGGGAGCUGCUUACUUUUGUACUUAAAGAGCUGAGAGUUAGAGAGGAAAGUUAACAGCGAUUCUGCUUCAGUUUUAGAACUGAAAGCAAUUGGCAGCCCAGCUGUCUCUCUCUCUCUCUCUUACGGACUGAAAAGGGCUACCAGUUGAGAAAAAACAGUCUGACAGAGUUUCAGAAAAAAAUAAAUGCAGUUCAGGGUGGAAAGACUUUCAUGCUGGCAUUUUAAGUUUCUUUUUAAAAACCUGCCUUGUUGAGACAUUUUUAUAAGAGGAGACUGGGACACAAUGAGUUUAUAAGAAGCACCUUGUAUUUUAUUUUAUUUUAUUUUAUUAAUGAGGAUAUAGGGCAUGACAAGGGAACUCAGGGGAAGCCUUUGAAGAGCAGCGGCAAGAAAAGAUGGGUCUGUUAAGUGUGGACCUGUUGAUCACCCUCCAGAUUCUGCCGGUUUUUUUCUCCAAUUGCCUCUUCCUUGCACUCUACGACUCGGUGGUCCUCCUGAAGCACAUGGUGCUUCUUCUGAGUCGCUCCAAAUCUGCACGUGGUGAGUGGCGAAGGAUGCUGACAUCGGAGGGGCUGCGCUGCGUCUGGAACAGCUUCCUCCUAGAUGCCUACAAGCAGGUUAAACUGGGUGGAGAAGCUCCCAACUCCAAUGUGAUUCACAUCGCUAAUGGCACAGAGGACAGCAGCAGCAGAUGGAAAAACUCUAGUGGGAAGUAUGGAACCGAGUGUCACCUUCUAGAUUUUGCCACUUCAGAGCGUCCAUUGGUGGUCAACUUUGGCUCAGCCACCUGACCCCCCUUCACAAACCAGCUGUCAGCCUUCGGCAAGCUGGUGGAAGAGUUCUCCAGUGUGGCUGACUUUCUGUUAGUCUACAUUGAUGAGGCUCACCCGUCAGAUGGCUGGGCUGCUCCUGGUAUCUCAUCCUCCUUCGACGUAAAGAAACACAAGAACCAAGAAGACCGAUGUGCAGCUGCUCACCAGCUCCUGAAGCGUUUUUCUUUGCCACCUCAGUGUCAGAUUGUGGCAGACUGCAUGGAUAAUAAUGCCAAUGUGGCCUAUGGAGUCUCCUUUGAGCGUGUGUGUAUUGUACAAAGACAAAAAAUUGCCUACCUGGGGGGCAAGGGCCCCUUUUUCUACAAUCUCCAAGAAGUUCGAUUUUGGUUGGAGCAGAACUUUAGGAAAAGAUGAAAUUCAGACUUACCGGAAGAAGAUAGGUUGAUAAUACUACCCCUCUAGAGUAAUGCAGAGGGAAAGAAUUUGCACCCUGUUUUGAAUAGGCUCCUUUCGGCCUACAGCAGAGGAGGUCUAAUGACCAGGUCAAAUGAACACAACAGACACAAAAAAAUAUUCCAUGUGUACCAGAGAAUCAAAUUCCCCUUGCCUGCCCAAAUGGGAAUUGAGAACAUUUCUACUAUUAAGGCUGCUAGAUGGUUGAAAUAUUUCUGUGCUUUGAGUAGAUGACUAUUGUGUUUGAUGCAGGAAAGUGUUGCUUCCAAAAAACCAGCUCUCCGGUUCAUUUUGGAAGUCCAACCAUCACUCAAGACCAAGGGGUAUCUCUUUAUCCACUGGUGUUUAUCCUGCUGAAUUCCAAAACAGGAAAAAGUAAGGAAUUUGAGAUAUGCAAUUGUCAUAAAAUUGAACUUUGUGUGAUAGAAAGGUACGGUAUUAUAGAUUUUUCAAGUUCCAGCAUCCUCUACAAACUGGCUAGUCGGUUGUUUGUCCUCUUACUCGUUCCAACUAGAAACUUGCUUUCACAACUGGAUUUUUUUUUUGCAGUAUAGUCUAGCUAUAAUCCUGAAACCGUUUAAAUCUAGAACAGACUAAUUGAUGCCAGAUAAUGAAAUAAAGGGUUCUGAGACUUCAGGUUAAAUGGUUGUGUUUGAGCCAUUUAAGUGUAGUUUCAGGCUCUAAAGAUUUUACAGCAGUCCCCAGUGUGGAAAUGACAGAAGCUAUUUUAGGAUCUCAAGUCACACCCUGAAAAAUACUUUGAUAUUGCGGCAGAGGAGUCCAUUAUGCAUUAGACUGAUUCAGACAACCCAGUUCCACUGCAUUCCCAGCUCUCAAAAGUGCAUUUGUCUGAAUCAAAAUUGAAACUUUUGCUUCAUCAAAGUCCAUUCAUGUAAUGAUUUUGGGUAUGUGUGUGAAAGACCAAGUGAUAAUCUUACUAUGUCUGAGCUUGAGUACAUCUGUGACAAUUAGGGUUGCCAGGUCCAAGCUGGGAAAUUCCUGGAGAUUUGGGGGGAGGAGCCUGGAGAGGAGAGGUUUGGGAAAGGGAGGGGUCUCAGUGGGUAUAAUGCCAUAGAGUUCACCCUUCCUAUCAGCCAUUUUCUACAGGGGAACUCUGUUGCCUGGAGAUUAGUUGUAAUUUCAGGAGAUCUCCCGCUACCACCUGGAAGCUGGCAACCCUAACUGAUUUGUGCUAUCCAUUUCACAUAACCAGACUAUCACAUGGUACUCCUAGUUAUGUGAAAUUUUAAUAAUACCUUGCAUUUGUCUCAGAUCCUUAGCCAAAGACAGAGCUUUUUAUCAUGGCUGCAGAGAUCUUGUACUUGAAAACAAGCUCAUAAGGGAGGAAUUUAUGACUUGAUACCCAGUACGAUCUAAACGAGGCCUUAAGACACGUUGCAUUGCAGCCUCUUUAACACAGUUCAGUAGGAGUCGCUGGGCUCAACAGAGGCUGCAGAAUGUUCACAGCUGGCUUUCCACACCCUAGAAUCACAACUUCCUGUACUCUCAAGUGCAGCACCCACUUCAGCACUCCCUGGGGCCUUGGAUUGCCAGCUCUAGUCUGGGAAAUUCCUGGAGUUUCCAGAGGUGGGGCCUGAAGAGGGUUUGGAGAGGGGAGGGAUCUCAGAGGUUUUGAGUCCAUCCUACAAAGCUUCCAUUUUCUCCAGGGGAACUGAUCUUUGAGGCCUGGAGAUCAGUUGGAAUUCCAGGAGCUCUCCAGCCACCACCUGGAGGUUGGCAAUCCUAGGCCCUACACUAGCCAAAUAGUCAUGUGGCUGUUGGCUCAAGAGUGAGAGGCACUAAAAUAGUGCUUCUGAACCGAUAAAUAAGACCUGCAUGAACAUACCUUUAAAGCCACACAACAUUUUUUUCUACAUGGAAGAUCAUUUCACGUAUGGAAUAACCAGUAUAAACUAAAUGGGAAGCCACUGCAUGUACUGCAAGAUUGUCUCCAUGGUGUGUGUCACAGUCCUUAGAGGAAGCAAUAGGAAGAAAGGUAGAGCAGAAUUAAAGGGGGGAGGGGAGCACACAAGAAAGAGUCGGUUGUGGAAGAUCCUAUUUCAACACUUAAGAGGUUGAACUCGGUUAAUGCAUGGAACUGAAACAAUUUAUUUAUCAGUGUGCUUGAUUCCUUUUCUAAAGAAAACAGCACCAAACCAGUACAGUUAGAAUUAGGAGUUACUGUGUGUUUAGUUUUUUUUUUUUAAAUAAUAAUUUAUUGCAUUUGGAAAUGAUGCAGAAGUUGUAUUUGUGUGUAAGGGGGAAAGAAGGGAGAGGGGUUACACACCACUUUACCUCAUUGGUAUUGAAACAUUGUCCAUUAGUUAAAUUUGGUUCGCGUUGAUGUUUCCCGCCUUUGCUCCAAGAAGCCUGCAAUUAGUUUUUAAUCGUAUUAGUUUAUUGAAGUUAGUUCAGCAUAAAAAGAUUUCAGCCACAGGGCUACUAAGCUGCAGUGCUGUGACAGACCAGUGCCUUUGCCAUCUUCCAUUGUCUAUGAAACAUUCCUAUUGCUCUCAGAACCACUACCCUUGUUCCCUAUUAAGAGGCUGUUGAGGAGAACUAGUUCCAUUAAUGGGCUGGAUUUUUACAAGCGUUGGAUGAUGUGAAGUUCUUUUAAAAUAUGAUGACAUUUGAAGCCCAAUCCCACCAGGAAGGUCUCUUGCACAAGCUCCAUUAAAAUGAGCUCAAGAGACUAAGUAAGAAAACAUCCUGAUAGAUUGUGCCAUUGCUAUUAGGGUUUUGAAGUAUUCUUUCUUUUUCUGUAAUGUGAAGAUUAGAAAGGAAGGCAGAUGGCCUACAAGCCUAUUUUCCUUGAUUCCCCCCUCCUGCCCCAUCCCCAAUGCAAAACAGCAAAUGACAUCAUCAGUGCUGAGCAUUCAGUGAUGCUUAAAGCCCCUCCCCACAAACUGACACUGUUGCUUUACUCAUAGUUUCAGCUAAGGCACAAAGGCAUGCUUUAGAACGUGCUUCUCUGCACGGCGUGUAUGCAAAGUUGACAGAAAGGUAUGAAUGCUAUUUUGCUGAUGUUCACCUGCAUUCCUUCCCUUCCUUGUAUGUACACAGAGCACAUGGGUGCACAAAUACUGAUAAAGGAUGCUAGAGAAGCUGGAAGCAAACGAAGUUUAGAAAGCAGGUAGCCAGAGGGUAAAGAGAAGGCAUAUUUUCUUAAAGCCUAGGCGAUUGUACAGAUGUAAGGAAUGGGUGAAGAGAGGAGAGAGGGACGGUGGCAGGGGACAUGAACCGUUUCACGUGGGGUGAGGAAGGUAUUGCUACAAGAAAUAUAUGGGCAUGCAGGUUUUCUCCCAAAAUAUCCAGCUGGCAUGAGACCUUUUGCUUGACAGAUACCUCCAGAUGUAUUCUUUAAAUUUAAUCUCCCUAUGUGUGGAGUCUGCACAGUUUCUUUUUUCUAUAUUAUCAUACAUAUUUGUUCUUGAAUGCUGAUUUCAUUCUUGUAAGACCCAGAAACAAAGGGAUUAUUAAAAUAACAGCAAGCUCCUAACCAUGGCUACUCAGAUGCUCCAUUGAUUUUAGAGGGGCUUACUUCUAGGUGAAGAGUGUUUGGGAUAAACCUGUUCUACUGAACCCAGUAUCCUAUUCCAGAUAGCUUUCAGGAUUUAGGAAGCUGAUUUUGAUUUCUUUUAAAGAAAAUCCUAUGACGGUUAGUUCCAAAACAAUUUGUUAGUAAUUGAAGGAUUUUUAACCCAAACAAUCCACAAUAGUUCUUAAAAACUAAAGGUAUGAUGGAAUAAUACUAAAGUCAUAAAUCCCAUUCAUUUCCAUGUGUUUUAUUCUGGUGCUGAACUUAAUAGCACUAAUCUUGGUGGGAUCAUACCCUUAUUUUUUUACCUUUUUAUCUGAGCAAAAACUCAGAGGUAGAGCAUUUGUUUUACAUGCAGAACAUCCCAGUUAAAGAAUCACAGAGCAGGUGAAAUGAAAGAAAAGUCCGAGUAGACAAUAUUGAGCUAGAUGGACUAAUGUGUAACUCCAUAUAAGACAGCUUCUUGUGUUUGUCUUGUCUGGGGUAACUAGAGUGCUUUUAUACUUUUUAAAAAAUCCACACAUGAUGCUGGAUGUGAUCAAAAGCAACCACAACUCUUGUAUAUGAAUGAAAAGACUUAACAGAAAUGUUGUCUUUAUCUGAUAGUGGCCAUCAGAUUUUUGGGCUACAAUCCUUUUUGCAUUUACCAAGGAAUACACCCAUUUGAAUAUAGUAAACACAUAUAGGAUUGCUAUGUUGGUUGCUUUUGCUACAACCGAUUCCUCUGAAUAUGAUCAGUGAUUUAUUCACUGGGUUCAUUCAAACCGCCAAUAAUCACUUUAAAAUUUGUUGUCAUAUCAGCUGAUUGAAUGUUCCCUUUCCUUGCCUUAUUAAGAAAAAAUGGGUUUAGUGCAAUUCUUAGUUUCCUCACUUUAUGCAAUCACAUUUUACUACCCCCCCCGCCCCCCCCCCCCGCAAGCCCCUUCACAUUUCUGAUCACUUUCAUCCCAUACCUGCUUCUUUCGUAAAUGCUUUCUUUUCAUGGUGGGGAUGGAAAUGUAGAAGACAAAGAGAAUGACUAUUGUGGAUGGAGCCACAAAUUGGUUUACAUUUUUAUGCUGUUCUUUAUAUUCCUUCUCUGUGUGUUUCUCAGACUGUUCAAAAAUAAUUUUGUCAAAACUUUCCUUUUCCUUCUCAUUUGUAUGUCUUGGAAAGAAAACCCACUAAAGCAUUUCAUAUGAUUGUUGGAACAUACCGUAAACUCACAAGAGGGCUUGUGAGUGACUAAACUCUAAUACCAAUUUGCAUAUCUAAAGUCACAGCAAUUUUGCAUGGCUGUUUUCUUAUUUUUGGACUUCUAUUAUGCUGUCCUUUUUAUGUGCAAAAUGCUUGUUAUUCAUAGCUGUGUGCUCCUCACACAGUGGGAGGAUUAGAAAACCAGCCUCUGUCAACAGAAAAUUCAACGUUUUUUUUUUUCUGUCCCAACAAAACAGAUCUCUGACCCUUUCCAUCAACUGAAUUAUGUUCAUCAAUCUGCAGAAUAAACAUGACAGGAAUACAUUUUUUAAAGAAAAAUUAUAAGAAAGCAGCAGACCAAAAGCCAAAGGAAGUUAUAUUUUUCCUUUAAAAAAGGAUUAGGUAGGAAUGAUAAAUUUUAACUUCUUGUAUCUUACUGAUGGACUACAAUUCCUUCAGGAUUGUUUAUUGCAAAAGCAUGUAAUUCUUUGUUUCAAGAAAAUACUUUACAUUUCUUGGGUUGAUGAGAGACAUAUUGUCAGAUCAUAUCUUGAAAACAGUUAGAGUAGUAGAGCUUAAUAAUUAGACUGCCAGCUUUAGAGUAUAGACUAGAAAACGUUCCUGAGACUAGUACAUGCUCCAGUGUUAUAAUUGCUCAGGUGUAUUACGGAACUGGCUUUGGUUGGAAGGAUAUGGGAUAGAUCUGCCAUAUUAGGAUCUGGUUGCUAUAUUUCUUGGUUAAAAAGUACUACCAAAAGGUCUCUAUGCCAUCUACAUUUUUGUUCUACUAACAGGAAGUAAUGCCCAAACUACCUUUGAGAAGGACCAGCUGUCUUGACUGUCUUGACUAUAAUUUGAACUUAAAUGUUACAGAAAGGAUGAGAAACUGAACUGACACAUUAUAGGGAAAGGUACGUGUUCAAAAUCAGCUGCAAAAUUCACUGGGUUAUAGCAACUUAAUCAAGCCACCAUUGUUAGGUAUUCUAAAAAGUAAAUAUUCAUUAUAGAUAACAUAGCAUCAGAGCUAAGUUAGCUACAGCACAGGAGACUUAACUUUUUUUUUUUUUGCUUUACAGCUUGAAUGAUUUGUUGACCUGUGCAAAGUAGGUUUCACACACUACUGUGUAAUCAAAGUAUCUUGUUUCUGUUUUGAACUUGUCUCAGUACAAAUUUAAAGCACAAGGCAGUGAAUUGGGCUCAGUGCUACUUUUAAUAUUUUUUUUUUCAAGUAUGCUGUAGAUGUGUAUGAAAGCUUCUGGUGAGAUCACUUGUUUGGAGGGGAUCCCGUCUGAGUAAUCUUUAAAGCUUCUCAUAAACUUAACCAGUAUUUUGUGCAUGGCCUUUUGUGUUGCUGGAUAUUGGAGUUAGCUAUUUAAAACCUGCAUUUGAUAAUGUAACCAAAGCAAUAAAAGCAAUACCAGGUAGGGAAUACUGGCCAGUUUUAUUUGACUCCCCACUUUGUGAACUCAGGAUUCAUAUUGACCAAACUUUGGCUGGACCUAAGACUUGGUUUGCAAGGAUAAGAGGGCAAAGCAGAGGUGCCGGUGUCUUCAUGAAGAUCACUAACAAAAGAGUGACUCACUCCGUUGGUGUUCAGAUGCUUCUACACUGGCAUGUCUCUUUUUUGCUUUUCUAUCUCUGCCUUCAGAAAUGGGAAUGCAUUGGAAAUCCAUUAAUAUGAGCCCCGAGUAAAUAUGGUGGGGAUUCACUUGUUUGUGUGUAUGCAUGUAUCUUUGUUUAGAUGUCACAGAAUACACUCUGUAGAACGACCAGCAAAAAAGUUACACUAUUGGUGCUGCGUGGACCAUGUACUUUUUAGAACUGUUUUUUUUUCUUGUAUUUUAAUAAAAAUGGAAGAAAAAUAACUGG